UCAUAUCAUAUCAUGUGGAAGUAGGAAAAGUGGAGCAUAAUAGUUGUAUAAUCAGUGCGGGUCCAGUUGCUCAACGGCUGAAGUUUUCCUGAUUCUGUUCAGCGAUGCUUACGUGUGGGAGGGAGCAUCCUUCUUAAUGGUAACCAUUACAGUUUCAGGCUGAUUAAAGGUUGGCUUAUAUUUUGCUUAGGGAGAGAGAAAGAAGAACGAUUGGCUAAGUUGGCCAAGAUGUUAGGUUCUUUGGGUCUGUUUCCGGCGCCUGAUUUUGGGUCUUUAUCACCUUCUUUAGCCAAGAACUCCAAAAGGGCUGUGGAAAGAAACUGUCAAAUUGUCAAACAAAAACAGAUUGAACUGACUGGAUGUCGAAAAUUGCCUGGUUGUUCUAGAUUCCUUUUUCUACCAAGAAUCUCAAUAGAUAAGAGGGUGAAGCAAGGUCUUGCAAUCUCAGCAGCUGUGGCAGAUGAGAAGAAAACGAUAACAAGCUUUGAGGAAGACAUGGAAAUUACUGGUCUUUUGAGCAUUGAUCCUGGGUUAGAAUCAUUUAAAGAUCAUUUCAGAUAUAGAAUGCAAAGAUUUACAAAUCAGAAACAACUCAUUGAAAAAUAUGAAGGUGGUCUUGAGGAAUUUUCAAAAGGUUACCUGAAAUUUGGAUUUAAUAGAGAAGCAGGUGGAAUUGUCUAUCGUGAGUGGGCCCCUGCAGCUCAGGAAGCACAAGUUAUUGGGGACUUUAAUGGUUGGGAUGGUUCCAACCAUAGGAUGGAAAAGAAUGAAUUUGGUGUUUGGAGUAUCAACAUACCUGAUUCUGGCGGAAAUCCAGCCAUUCAUCACAAUUCAAGGGUCAAAUUCAGAUUCAAGCAUGGUGAUGGAGUUUGGGUUGAUCGAAUUCCAGCUUGGAUUAGAUAUGCCACUGUGGACCCCACAAAAUUUGGAGCACCAUAUGAUGGUGUCUACUGGGAUCCUCCACCUCCAGAAAGGUACCAAUUCAAGUAUCCCCGGCCUCCAAAAGCCCAGGCCCCUCGCAUAUAUGAGGCUCAUGUGGGAAUGAGUAGCUCAGAACCUCGCAUUAAUACAUACAGAGAGUUUGCUGAUGAUGUUCUGCCUCGUAUACGGGCAAACAACUAUAAUACGGUUCAGUUAAUGGCUGUUAUGGAGCAUUCAUAUUAUGGGUCGUUUGGGUACCAUGUUACAAACUUUUUUGCUGUAAGCAGUAGAUCUGGAACUCCUGAGGAUCUUAAAUAUUUAAUUGAUAAAGCUCAUAGCUUGGGUUUAAGUGUUCUGAUGGAUGUUGUUCACAGUCACGCAAGUAACAAUAUCACUGAUGGACUUAAUGGCUUUGAUGUUGGCCAAAGCACUCAAGAUUCCUACUUUCACACUGGAGAUCGAGGCUACCAUAAGCUAUGGGAUAGCAGACUCUUUAACUAUGCUAAUUGGGAAGUUAUUCGCUUCCUUCUGUCCAACUUAAGAUGGUGGCUUGAGGAGUACAAAUUUGAUGGAUUCCGAUUUGACGGAGUAACAUCAAUGUUGUACCAUCAUCAUGGGAUCAACAUGGCAUUUACAGGGGAUUAUAAUGAGUAUUUCAGUGAGGCAACUGAUAUUGAUGCCGUUGUUUAUCUGAUGCUGGCCAAUUCUCUGAUUCACAACAUCUUGCCUGAUGCUACUGUGAUUGCUGAAGAUGUUUCUGGCAUGCCUGGGCUUGGCCGUUCUGUCUCUGAGGGGGGAAUAGGUUUUGACUAUCGCCUAGCAAUGGCCAUCCCUGACAAAUGGAUCGAUUACUUGAAAAACAAGAGUGAUGAAGAGUGGUCAAUGAAGGAAAUCUCAUGGAGCUUAACUAAUAGGAGAUACACUGAGAAAUGUGUUGCUUAUGCUGAGAGUCAUGACCAAGCCAUUGUAGGUGACAAGACGGUUGCCUUUUUAUUAAUGGAUAAAGAAAUGUAUUAUGGAAUGUCUUGUUUGACAGAUGCUUCACCUAUGGUUGAUCGAGGGGUAGCGCUUCAUAAGAUGGUUCAUCUUUUAACUAUGGCUUUAGGAGGUGAGGGCUACCUUAAUUUUAUGGGAAAUGAGUUUGGCCAUCCUGAGUGGAUUGACUUCCCAAGAGAAGGCAAUGGGUGGAGUUAUGACAAGUGCAGACGCCAAUGGAACCUAGUUGACACUGAACACUUGAGAUACAGGUUCAUGAAUGCAUUUGACAAGGCUAUGAACUUGCUUGAUGAAAAGUAUUCAUUUCUAGCAUCAACAAAGCAGAUUGUGAGCAGCACAAAUGAAGAGGAUAAGGUUAUCGUCUUUGAGCGUGGGGACCUGGUUUUUGUAUUCAAUUUUCAUCCAGAGAAUACAUAUGAUGGGUACAAGGUUGGUUGCGACUUGCCCGGAAAGUAUCGAGUUGCAUUGGAUAGUGAUGCUUGGGAGUUUGGUGGACGUGGAAGAGUGGGCCAUGAUGUGGACCAUUUUACAUCUCCUGAAGGGAUACCUGGAGUGCCCGAAACAAAUUUCAACAAUCGUCCAAACUCCUUCAAAAUACUCUCUGCAGCUCGCACUUGUGUGGUUUACUAUAGAGUUGAAGAAAAAGAAGGAAAUCACAACAGUAGUGAUAUUGGUGCUGCAAAUGAGACAUUGACAGACAUUGCAAAGCUGGGAGAUUUUGAAGGUAUCAACGAGACAUCACCAGCAGAUGCUGUGGCAAAGCAGGAGGAUCUUAAGGCAGCACAACCUUCUUUGAUUGCCGAUGAUAUUGCAACAAAGGCAAACACAGAAACAGAAGAGAUUGAGGAAGAGACAUCGGAUGACAAAUGAAAGUGACAAUCCAUCAUCCAAUUCCUGAGUUCAGGUUUAGACAUGAGGCUUUAUCACUGGGAAGUUCUUUUUCAGGUUUUAAAUUGCAAGGAGAUUUUGUAUGGCCCUCAUCAGUAGACAUCAGUAGGUAUGCUGCUGUAAAUAAGUCAGCUUGCUGUUAAGUUAUGCUUUGCUUAAUUGCUGGGGAGUUGUCUUGUAAAUAAAAAAUAAAUAAAUCCUUAUUUAAAAAAAAAAA